CCCCCAUCUUCUCCGUCAACAUUUCACCUGAACAAAUCUAAUAAUCUACAGUAAUUCUUGCCCUAAGAAUCAUCAAGUACGAUCAAGAUAAGAUUUCUUAUUGUCCUAGAAACUCCACUCCACUCGAGUCAAUAUCACUUCUUUCAAUGUCUCUGUGGCUCUGAAUACAACAACUCCCGAACUAGCUCCCAUUUCCAUCAAUGGCUGCCAGCUCCCGUAAAGGCAAGUUUUUUCUCUUCUGUUUGCUUAUAUCGUCUUCUUUCCUCCAUAUAUCUUGGGUCUAUUCUGACUCAGAGUCAGAACCCGAACCAGAAUCAUUCCCUGUGAUUGAGAAAGAUAAUGGAAUUCAAGAGACGUAUAAAUCAACACCUGAUGCUUUAUUAGAGGUGUUAGCUAGACACCAAGAACAGUUAGAUAAGCUCGAGGGGUUAGUGAAGGAUCUAAGUAAUAUAGUUGGUAGGUUGGAAUCGAAAUCAAGAUUCUCGGAUUACCCAGAUUUUAGAAAGCCAGAUACUGCAAAACCCAUUGUUGGAAACCUUCCAAAAGAUGUAAUUGAAGAGAAAUAUGAUGGGAAGGUGGAGGGUAUUAGUGUUAGUGAUUCUAUCUUGGAGAAACCUGGGGAUAAACAGAGAGCAGUUUCAGUUACAAAGUACAGCUCUUUUUGGUCUGACAGGUUCCAAUUCGUUUCUGCUGUGAGAGUGGAUUCAGAUCCUACUUGUAUUAACGUCCUGCCAUUCAAAGAUUUCGAUGGGUUGAGCAAGUAUAUCGCCGUUGGAGAUUCUCGGGGUCAAAUAUAUGUUUUUUCAAGGAAUGGGGAUGUUUCUGCAGAGUUUAAAACAUCAUUGGACUCCCCAAUCACUGCUCUUGCCUCAUUCUUGACGCUUUACAAGAAUGAGAGUGUUUUAGUUACUGGCCAUAAGAAUGGUGUGGUUUUGAAGCAUAGAGUGUGGGAGGUGGUGCAGAACGGGGAGGAGUGGCCUAUGCUUCAUAUAGAAACUGUUGGGAAGUUCGAUUCACCCGAAUCCGGGGAAGGUGGAUCGUCAAUCACUAAUUUGGAAGUGCAUCAUAUGGGGAGGAACAGGUUUGUGUUGUCAAUAGAUUUUGACGGGAAUCUUAGGGUUUUUAGGGCAAAUGGGUCAGUUUAUGGCUUGGUAGUGCCUAAAAGCAGACCACUCGCCUUCUUGAAGCAAAGGCUUUUGUUCCUAACCGAAACGGGUGCCGGGUCAUUGGACUUGAGGACAAUGAGGAUUAGGGAGUCUGAAUGUGAAAGCUUAAACAACUCCUUAGCUAAAACCUAUGUUUUCGAUGCCAUUGAAUGGUCAAAAGCAUAUGGCUUUACUUCUGAAGGAGAAAUGAUUCACGUUCUCCUGUUGGGUGAUAUAAUCAACUUCAAGUGCCGUGUAAGAUCCAAAAAGAAGCUGGAAACAGGCAUGGAAGGGCCUCUCACAUUUCAGGCAAUCAAAGGGUAUUUGCUCAUCUCCAAUGUGGAGAAGGUUUGGGUAUACAAUGUGUCCUCUCAGCAUUACGUUCGAGCUGGUGUGCCCAAACUCGUUUUCUCUGCAGGUCUUGAUGAGGUCGCAAGUUCAUUUCUCAAUCACCAAUCUGAUGGUUUGAAUCAAAAGAAGAAAAUGCUGAUUCCGCUUCUAGCUAGUGAUCGGGAAAAGCUUGUUGUACUCGGGACAAGAAGUGGUUAUAUAGGAAUUUACCGUUCUAAUCUUCCCAUUUUCAAGAACGAAUUUAACACCAUGCUAUGGGCAAGUCCUGUGUUGCUCUUCAUCCUUUUCCUUUUCGGUGCCUGGCAUUUUUUUGCCAAUAAAAAGGAAGCACUUACAUCUUGGGGCCCGGAUGACCACUUCAGCUCUACUACCUCGGUUACGGAUGGAGCACAGCUGGGCUCAGAUAUAAUGGACCUAAGGAACAACAGUUUAAGAGGUUCGGGUCCAGCGGGAAGGUUUGGGUCUCAAUUGCAAUAUCAAAAUCCGAGACCAUCUUCUGUUGAUCAGAAUUUCAGAGCAGCCCAGGAAUUGAAAUAUAGGGGUGGAAAUCUUGACACUUCUGCUUUCCCUAAAAGAAGGGAUGGCCUGUUUGUCAACAGUCCCGUUGUCGAUGAUAGCUAGAAGUUGUGAUAUAUGAAAUAUAUGGGCGGUCCGGAUAACAAAUAGAAGGCACAUUUGGUUCGGGAACUACGGCUGAGCAGAACUCUUAAUAUGUAUACUUUUACAGUUUGGGAAGGAAUAGAAUAAAGACAUUUUGGGCAUCUCUCUCGACUGUCUUGAAGUUCCUAACCAGUUUUCCUUACAAUUUUCCUAUUUGUCCUUCCUUAUUCACUUAUGAAAUUUACACUAGUUUUACCGAUUGCAAUGGUGAGUGUUGUAUGAAUAUUUUGUGCAAUAUAAUGAAGGGCGUAUACGAAAGCAUUUGUUAUGAGAAAGUAAAUAAAUUUCUGUGUAAACUGUUAGGAUAUUUGGGUGGAAAAAAGUGUCUUGGUUUGGCGUCUCAACUUUUUAGCCAAAAUGUAAAAAUAAAGAAAAGCUUUAGG